AGGAUGAAGAGAAACAUGAGGAAGAGAAGGGUGGAGAAACAACACAAAAAGGCCAGUCUCUAGUAGUGGAACGUAGAGUUCUGAGAAACAGAACAAUAACACCUGUCAAAAAAACAACUCCGCGUAGAUCCAAACGACUUAGCGGACAGAAGCACAAGACAGAAAAAGAACCAGAAGAGGAGCCAGAGGAAGAAGAGGAAGCGGUAGAGGAGGAUGGGAUGGAGGAUGAUGAAAAGUUGGAGGAGGAAGAGCAGAAGGGAAAAAUAGACAAGCCUCAGGCAGAAGGGAGAGUUCUGAGAAAGAGAGCAACUGUCAAAAAAACAUCUGUUCAUAAAUCCAAACGACUUAGCGAACGGCAGCUGAAAGGGGAUGAGACAAACCAAGCAGCAGCAGAGGAGGAAGAGGAGGCUGUGGAGGAUGACAGGGUUGAUGAGCAGAGGGAGGAAACUGUUGUGAUGGAGGAGGAAGGGGCAAAGGUAGAUGAGAAUAAAGAGAUUGAGAGAGAGGAAAGGGAAGAAGAAGCUGAACAAAAUGCUGGGGGAAAAAAUGAGGUAGAGGAAGAAAAUGUGGUAGUAGAUGAGGAAAGGAUGGAGGAUGAGGGUGAAAAGGUUGUGGAAGAGGAAAAUGUGGAGGGUAAGGAAGAUGAGGAGGGGGAAAAGGCAGAGAUGCUAGAUAAGAGCCUUGAUGAAGAAGAUGAGUCACAAGUGGUAAAAACAAGAGUUCUGAGGAGGAAGACGAAAGUAGUCAUAAUAACACCAAAGCGCAAAUAUAAACGGCUCAGCAAGAAGGACAAGAGUGAACAAGAAUCAGCUGAGGAGGAAAAGGUGGAAGAGAAGGCGGUAGAAAACAGGGAGGAAGAGGAAAAGGUAGUGGAGGAGGAAGAAAAAAUAGUGGAGAAUGAGGGAGAAGGAGAAAAGCUGGAUGGAGAGGAGGGACAGAUGGAGGUGGAAGCAGUGGAAAUGGUGGAAGAGGAGGGGAAACAGAUGGAGGUGGUUACAGAGCAAAGGGUGAAAGAGGGUAAAGAGAUGGAGGAAGGUACAGAGGAAAGGGUGGAAGAGGAGGGAAAAAAGAUGGAGGAGGGGACAGAGGAAAUGGAGGAUGAGGAAAUGGUAGAAGAGAACAGGGAGGAUGACGACAAAAGGGCUGUUGUAGAAAAAGAGGGUGACAGUGCGGGAGAGGAAAAAGAGGCAGUGGUUCCUGAAGAAGGAGACAAAUUUGAAGAACAUGCUGGAGAGCCUGCAGAAAAGAGCUCAGCAGAACCAGGUGAGACUUUAUUGGUGGAAGAUAAAAAUAUGGAAGAGGGGAUGACAGAAGGAAAGGGGGGAGAGCAAGAGGAAAAAGUGGAAGAAGAGAGAACACUGGAAAAGGAGGGGCAGGAAGAGGAAGGAAGCUCAGAAGAAAAAAAACAAACUACUGUAGACAAACAAGUAGACAUAGCAGAGGAGGGAGGGGAGAAAGUGAUUGAAGAAAAGGAGGGAGAGAAGGAAAGCAAUGUCACUCCUAGUGAAGAAGGAGAAUCAGCAGAAAAGAGCUCAGUGGUAGCAGAUGAGUCUUCGGUUGUUGAAAUUCGAGUUCUGAGAAGAAGAACCAAGACAGUCAUGGAAACCCCUAGACGUACAUCCAUGAGAGUCAGCAAACAACCACCAAAAGAGAAAACAACCAGCCAAUCAGUAGUGGAGCCAGAGGAGGAGACAGAGGAGUGGGAUAAAAACACAGAAGAGGACAAGGCAGAACAUAAAGAGGAGAAGACUACAAAGGAGAAGGCAGAGAAGAAUGCGGAACAAGAUGAGGUGAAAACAACAAGAGUCCUUCGGAGGAUGACUAAAAUAAACAUUGUAACACCAAAACGCAAAUAUACACGCAGAAAACCACAAAAGGAGGAUAAGAAGGACCAGGAAUCGGCUGAGGAAACAGAGGAAAAUGUGGAGGAGAAGGAGGCAGAGAAGGAGGAGGUGGGAAAUGUGGUGGAGGAGAAAAGCAUGGCUGAGGAAGAGGAGGGGGGAAAUGUGGAGGAUGAUGAGCAAAAUGUAUUGCAGGAGGUGAUGGAGGAGGUGGGAGAAACAACAAAGGCUGGGGAAGAAGAGGUCAUGAUAAUGAAGGAGAAAGAAAUAUCUGAGGGAGAGGGGGAAAAGAUGGAGGUGGAGACAGUGGGUGAAAAGUUGGUAGAAGCAGAGGAAAAGGUGGUUGAGGAGGGAGAGAAGACAGAGGUAGUGGAGGAAACUGCGGCCACAGAAAAGGGAGAGCAGGAGGGGGAAGUGAUAGAAGAGGAGAAUGCCACAGCAGAGUCAGAAGAGGUUGUGGCCACAGAAAAGGGAGAGCAGGAGGGGAAAGUGAUAGAAGAGGAGAAUGCCACAGCAGAGUCAGAAGAGGUUGUGGCCACAGAAAAGGGAGAGCAGGAGGAGGCGAUAGAAGAGGAGAACGCCACAGCAGAGUCAGUGGAGGCUGUGGCCACAGAAAAGGGAGAGCAGGAGGAGGAGGCGAUAGAAGAGGAGAACGCCACAGCACAGUCAGUGGAGGCUGUGGCCACAGAAAAGGGAGAGCAGGAGGAGGCGAUAGAAGAGGAGAACGCCACAGCAGAGUCAGUGGAGGUUGUGGCCACAGAAAAGGGAGAGCAGGAGGAGGAGGCGAUAGAAGAGAAAGCCUCAGCAGACUCAGCGGAGGCUGUGGAAGAUAACUGUACGGAACGGGAGGAUACUGGAGAUGGGGGAGAGGCAUCUGUGGAGAAGGAAGAAGCUGGGGAUACCAAGGUCAUGGAGGGGGAAGAGAAGGAAGAAAGGGAUGAAGAGGCCGGAAUGGAGAGAGAUGCAGAAGUGGAGAUGGCCUCCUCUGCCGGAGAGGGCCACAAAGCUCUGCUGCUGCUCCCUAGCUCGGACGAGGCAGACGAGUCUCCCGUGUUGGAGAAGCGAGCUCAGAAGAGAAAAGCCAACGCAAGCACGGCAACGCCGAGGCGUAGAUCCGGGCGGCGCAGCAAGCGACGUCAGAAAGGCCGUGAGGAUGACCAAACGUCAGAGGAAGAGACGACCGAAGAGAGCGACGGGGAGGAAGAGAAGGAUGCGGGGUCCUCCGAGGAGGCCGUAUCGGUGACGCCUGUGAGAAAAAAAUGGCCGAAAAGGAAGAGAACAACAGUAACACCUGUGACAGUGGCACCGCGACGCAGAUCUAAGCGCCUCAGCCAAAAGUAAGCAUGUAGCAACUGGAAGUCAGGAAUUUUUUUAAAAAAGAGAUAAAUUAGGACAGGGAUUUAUGUGAAUGGGGGCAGGGCAUUACCUUUUUUAUUGUCUAUUUGUAAGAUUUCAAAAAAUAUUUUUCCAAAAAAAAAAGGGAGAAAAAUUACAUUGAUUAAAAAUGGUGUUAAAAUGAAUACGUAAAUGCGUAAAAAUAAAUAUUAAAUAUUUUUUAAACGUCAAUAAUGAAUAAUGAUCAACAAUCAAUAAUUUGUAUCAUAUAAGAUUUUAAUGUUGAUUUUGAACAUUGGAUUUGAAAAUAUUCAAUAUUUUGUGACAUGCUACUGGGACAUGUAUUUUAUAAUAUGAAAUUCAGCUCAGAGUUCAGUUUCCACAAAACCGUGAAUACCAGCAGCAAGCCCUCCAAGAAGCACUCACUUAAACUGUCUCAGCGGAAUAUCUGUAGUGUGGUCUGUAGUAAGCUUAAAAAUGUAGUUUGUAGGUACCUACCCUAACUUCUAACAUCUGUGAAUCAUUUUUGUUUACACACACACACACACACUCACACAAAUGUACCAAUGUUGGAAAAUAUGUUCUGAUAUUUAAUAUUUGUUCUAAUAUCAAAUAUCAAAUUGUUCUAAUAUUAAGCGAAAUGUGAAAGUAGAAUGAAAGUGGACACGAUCUGUUGGUAACAAUGCGUGCUAUAAUUAAGGCUUGGUUUUGUCACAGAAGUCGCGGGCGUCACGGUUUCUGGAAUUCUUUCAAUUUUUUGGCAGUUCCCUGACUUUUCUCAUUCUCUUUUUGCCAUUUCCACAAUUUCCUCAAUUUUUAGUGCUUUCCCUGAUUUUUCGGCAGUUUUGGACGAAAACUGUCAACCUUAAUGUAGCCUACAGUGCUAUUUGUAUAGGUAUAUGCAUUUUAUCAAUAUUGCCUAAUGCUCGGAGAAAAGUGUGACAAUAUAUACAGAUUCUUCACUGCUGCGAUCAAGAUUCCCAGUUGUUGCAGUUGUUGCCCAGUGCUCCUUCUGGAGUUACAGUAACAUCCACAGCUCCAUCAAAGACCAAACCUAGCAACGUACUACAUGUUGUACCAAAAAAGAAAUGAAAAGGAACACACGGUAACUGUGUUUUACUUUAGUGGACUGAAUGAAGCAAUUAAAUGAACCAGCCUACCAAUGAAUUUUACUCUUAGAGUAGCUGCUGGUUACUGCAUGUUGAUUUAAAAAAAAAAAAAAAUUUUCAAGCACUUAUUACAGUUGCACAUGUCAUUUUAGUCAUGUCCCACUUCUGUGUGUGAGAUCUAUUAAUUAAAUUAAUAAAUACAUGGUUAUUUUAAAAAAACUCGAUUUCUUCCGCUUUUUCAGUUUUCUGUGAUUUUCAGCAACUUUGCCGUGACUGCUCUGCGACUUCAGCCAAUGUUUACCGUGACAAACACUGAGCCUUAACUAUAAUGGACAGUUUGAUAUGAAUGCAUAAGUGUGAAGAAAUUGCUGUCCCCAGGAAAAUAUAUUCAGUGGUGACAGAUUUAGGCCCAGCGGUGUCUCUAAAAGUUCCAAAAAGAGCAUUUUCCCCAAUUGUUCUGUUCUAUUUAAGUAACAUUUGUUAAGCAGAACAGUAAACUACUUCAGACUAAAUAUAUUAUUGGCUUCCGCUCAAAUUGGUCUCGCUCAAAGCGUACUAUUUGAUGGAUGACCUUCUGAAGUGUAUAAACUAACAUUUGGGAAAAAAAUAUGCAGAAAUAUUGAAAUGUAGAAUCAUUUUAAAAAUAAAUAAUGUUUCAAAGUAAUGUGAAAAUAUAGCAGAAUAUUCACUGUAAAAUUUAAAAUGGAUAUUACACAUUCAAUGGCAGAGACAAGGUCUUUCGGAUGUGUGAAGUUAUGCAUGAAAAUCUGCAACAAAUUUUCUUUUAAGCUUCUUAGUGAGUGUUCGGCGAAAGGAUGGCUUUCAUUGUAAAAAAAAAAAAAAGGAUGAAGUGUGUGACUGUUUAAGAUGACACCUGGUGUCAUGUUCAUUGCUCUCAGUGCGAAUAGAACAUAGAUCAUUUCUGCUCAGGAUGGCAACUCCUGUUUUUUUUUACAGACUCAUUCGAAUGUGCUCCUCAGAAGGGUUGCAUAUAAUCUUAAUGUAAAAUAAUACAAAGCCAUGCAAAAAAUCAGAGAUGACCUCAACUUCACUUGAGGUAGAAAGGCUUGAUUUGAUCAUGUUUGUGAAGCUAAGGCAAAUUAUGAAUAUUAUGCUUGCAUUUAGACAGUAUUUUUUCUUUUUUAUAUAUAUCAAAUCUUAGUAGUAUACAAGUGUUUUUGUUUUUAUGUUUGAUUUCACACAUAGCUCAGAAGAGAAGCUUCUUCUAAAUUGUAGUUUAGUUCAGCAAAUCACCCAUAUAUCUAUGCUAUACGUCUAAUAAUGAAUUAUCCUGUUUUUGACAGGGGGUCUUCUCAUAAAAAGAGAAAGAUAUUCAAUGAUAAAUAUGACCCCUUAUUUGAUACUUGAUACUGAUACUGUACAAAUGUUUCAUCUAUUAAAACAACAAAACAACAAUAAAAAUGUAAUUAAAUAGGCAGCAUCCAUCUUCUUCAGGUUAGCAUACUGUAUGCACCUGGCUAGUAGGCUAAAAACAUGCUACUCUUACAAGAGCUGUAUUAGCUGGCUACUUUUUAAAAAAAUUUGUAUUUUGAUUGAUGUCACCUUCAAAAAAUGCGGAUGCUUUACCGUAAUGUACUCAGCUCGCUAAAUUAGCUGAAAGUCAAAAUAUAAUCAGCUAACAAUUUUUGGGUGAUUGUGACAAUAAACAAAUUAACUCCUGGUGGGCACUUAGAAGAAAUUAACUAAUUGGCAUAUUCUAUGGGGAAAUAAUUGAACUACCCUCUGUUUUUAGAUGGAUCUCUCAUUUUAACGAGUAUACCUCUCAAAUGAAUUCCCAACUGGGUUACAGUAUUGCCAUUUUCCCAUGUAUCUAUGGUAGACUUAGCUAAGGAGGGAACAGUAAUAUGGGUUUUUUAAUCAUGUCCUCCUUUCAACAGUGGCCAUGAUGUCCAAAAACCCUUGUCUUGGUAUCAGUUUUUGUGAAAGAGUGAAUAAAGCCUGUGCUUAUAUGUCCUUAUACUCAGGUGAUAUUAUAAUUUGAUGUUUGCUUAAAAUGUGUACUUUUUUUCUACAUUGCACGAUGUGAUUAAGCCAAGCAGUCUUGCAUCUUUAUCAUGUUACUUCUAUUUCCUUAUCGAAAUCAGCUUUCACAUUGCAAAGAUUUAAAUUAUGCAGUUCGAAUCCUAGCUUAUGUUGCCAUUAUUUGGACCAACAAAAUCAGGAUCGACAUGAACAACACAUCUUUAGAAGAUGUGUAUGUUUAUUACACACAUUCUUGUGAAAUUAGGAAAAUGGAAGAAAUUAAGAAUGUGAACUUUGUUUCAAACGUUCAGAGAACACCAAAAUGAUUUUGAUUGUAAUAAUGUUUAUAGACUUUUAUGAAAAUCAGUAGAACAGAAUCAGAGAAAAAUUCCGAAAUAUUUUAAAUACUUUUUUAUCAUUUUAUUUUUUUUAACCUUGUAUAUGCAUUCUUUGCUAUCUCCCAAAUAAAUAUUUGGGAUAUUUCACUUGUAGACUCUUGUGCUUCAUUAAACGUUCAGUAGAUAUUAGUUUAUAAAAUUGCUGUAUUCAUUCGUUCUUUGUGGUUAUGUUUUUCCAUAUGAUGUUGCAAUGUCAAUACAUCUGUCCCGAUUUGACAAACCACUUAACAUACAAAUAGCACUGCUCUAGUUUUCUAUGUACACUAUUUUUUAGGCCACAAAUUUUCGAUAAGGGUAGACUUUCUAUUACUGUGUAUCAAUUUUUUGAAUAAAAUUUGCAGAACUUUCUUUUUCAAAUGCUGUGAUUUGUACCUAUCUUUGGUAGUAAAUAAAGACUUUACUUAUUGAACACCUCA